UUCACAUCAAGUUUCUGUAAAAUCGACAAGGGUCUCUAGGUUCAUUAUAUUUUGAACAAUACGAUGUUGAAAUGCGGAAGAAGAACCAGAGCUAAUAUUCUGACUGAAAUGAUUAAUAAUUCUUUUAUUUACGUUUUGAUAUUUUUAAUUCAACCCUGCCGAGUUAACACAGAAUGUCCAAGUUACCCAAGCUUAAGGUGUUGUCCAGACACUGUAUGGGACGAUGAACAGAACAAGUGUGUCGGUUGUCCAGCAGGGUAUCUGGGUCCCAACUGUACCAUACCUUGUGAUCCUCCAGGUUACGGAGUGGGGUGUCAGUUUACGUGUGCUUGCAAAGGAAGUGAAACAUGUCACCCAUCUUUUGGUUGUGUCCUACCGACAACAACAACAACAGAAACGACAACAAAAAUAACAACAACAAAAGUAACAACAAUAAUAGAAACAACAACAAAAAUGACAACAACAACUGAAGACGAUAUCAGGACAACAGAAGCUGACGAAGUUGCAACAUCCCGUGCAAGCGCAACAAUCAAAACGGCAAAUGUAGCUGUUGGCGAAACCUUACCUACAAGUACGGGAAAUCGGAUGUAUCGGGGAAUCAGUGAUUCACAAAAUAUCAUGCUGAUCGGAUUAUUCGUGCUCUGUGGUUUCUUCAUUGUAUUGUUCGCUGUCUUUGUUGGAACACAGAUUCGAUCCAAAUGUUUCAACAAAAACACGUUAACAACCCAAAGCACCACGGGAGUAAAUUUGAAGUCAUAUGACGUCAUCAAUGCAGACCAGCCCCCGGGGGUAGAUGACAUGUCACAGGUAAACACAAAACCUGGACGGAGAGAUUCCCAUUACACUGAAAUUAAUACAUGUAAUUAUACUGAAAAUGUCCACAAGAAAAACAAUGAACCACUACCGUGUCAAUCAAACAUCAACGUUCAUUUACAGGCGGAAGAUGCGACGGCACAGGACAGAACCGUACCGAAGUACGUAGAGAUUGUUGGAUCCCCCAAGAAUAGUACACGCGAUCCUGAAUUUUCAGCGAGUGAAAAUACUUAUUCCAAGCAGCUGUAUCUGUCAGCAAUUUAGAGAGAGGGGGGAUGCUUAUGAGCAAUACUAUAUCAUUUUUUUCAUGUGUUAACAGUCAUAUGUACUUUUAUCCAUAUUGAUAUCUCAAGGUACCCCAUACCAUCUUAAAAAUA